AUGCUGGAUUUUGGCCUCCAUGAUGGAUUCUGUGGCCGAAUUGUCACAGCUACAUCCGUGCGUGCGCUUCCGCCGCUCCUGCCACGUCCACGGAGUGUUUGCGAAGGCAGAGUAUGGAAGCCAGGACAUGCGAGGCGCUCACGGCAGCUGGCCGUUGCACGCCACCAGGCGGACGGCUCCAAGGAAUUCAUCAAGGUUGUUGUAGCAGAGAGUGCUGGAUUUCGUCGAACUGGUCGGCGUAUCUUGAUUGUGACAUUAUACGGCUGUUCAACUGCCCUUGCUUGGUGUAUGUCCUGGGGCUGGCUGUUUUUUGCAGGUGCCGUGUCAGCCCAUCUGCUUCUAGUCGGCUUUUGGAUGACAUCUGCAUGGGUACGCUAUCAUCUAGACUUUCGGGAAGCGAAGGACGUCAGAUCAGGAAGUUGGGUGUUGAUUCUUACCGGACCUGGCAAAGCUGCUCUCCGCAAGUUGUCAGUAUCUUCCAAACGCUUUAGAUAUCAUGGCCAGCAAUACGAGCUGCAAGGUGCUGGCAGAGAUGUGUGUGCAAUCGUAACCCCACAAAGUCAGGAGCCAGUUUUGUCCCUUUGUCAGCGAUACAGCAACGGCGGGUUGGAAGACUGUGAUGUCGAGGCGAGGCGGCAAAAGUAUGGCAGCAAUGAUUAUAGGAUCGCGGUGCCAACUAUUCGACAUUUGGUACUUUUGCGCCUGCUUCGUCCAAUUUUUCUGUUUGAGCUGGCAUCAGUCUUUUUGUGGGGCCUUGAUGGCUAUUGGCAAUUUACGCUCCUCUCCCUUGGUACUUUAGUGUGCUUUGAAGUUGGUGCAGCUAUGUCGCGUCACAAAUCGUUGGCGCAGCUCCGCGCAACAGCAACAGCAUCCGAGCAGGUGUCUGUUCUCCGUUCUGGCCAUUGGGUGCUCAAACCUGCUGCGGAGCUUGUUCCAGGCGACAUCAUACAGGUGCGGAAAGAGAUGGAUAUGCCCUGUGAUGCACUCCUACUGGAUGGCUCAGCCACUGCCAGUGAAGCAGCCCUAUCUGGUGAAUCUGCUCCUGUCACUAAAUCAAAGACCCUGCCAGAGCCCCGAAAUCCCGAUGAGAGCGACAUGCACUCCAUCCUGUUUGCUGGAACGCAGGUCCUUGCUGUAAGAGGGAAUCAGGAUGACACUUGGUGUGCUUCUGCAGUACUGAAGACAGGAUUUCACUGUAAACAAGGCUUGCUAAUGCGAAGAGCAAUAGCUAGCCAAGAAAGCAUACGAGAUAAAGAUACCUUGAAAGUGGUUCUUUUGCUGCUGUGCUUUGCCACACUUGCGGCUCUGCAAGUGGUCAUCCAUGGCAAACGCAAUGAUGCUUGGUUGAAGACAAGUAUUAUCCUGAGCUUCGUGAUACAGCCUACACUCCCCUUGCUGAUGACCUAUGCUGUGCAGCGCGCAUUGGAUGUGCUACGCACGAAAGAUAUCAUUUGCGCGGAGCCGCUGCGUGUUCUGGAAGCUGCAUCCAUGUCAACUUGCUUAUUUGACAAAACAGGAACUUUGACAAGCGACAAGUUGGAGGUAGCAGGUGUCAUGCUACCGCAGCACGCCCAGACUUUCACGAAGAACGUUGACAAUCUCAUCCCGCUUCAAGCUCUGCAGCCAACAGAGCCCGCAUAUCGAAUUCUCAAGCACUGUCACAGCGUCAUGCAAGAGCGUGGCAAGCUGUUGGGCGACACCUUGGAAACUGCGGUGCUGGAGGAUCUAGGUGUUUCGGACAUCGGAUCUCCCUCUUUACGCUUUGAUUUUGAUCCGGCUCUCAGACGCAUGACAGUCGUGAUAGAAGCUGGCUCUUCAGCUGUGGUCUUGUGCAAGGGUGCCCCGGAGGCCCUGUUCGGCUUGGUGGUUGAUCUGCCUGAAAACUACGAGAAAACAGCAGCCUUCUUCGGAGCAUGUGGCCUCAGAGUGCUGGCGCUGGGCUGGAAGGAAAUCAGUGCACCAGGGGCCGCCGUGACAAGGGAGGAAGCUGAAGCAAAGCUUCGAUUUGCGGGCUUCAUUGCCUUCCAAAACAGCUGCAAGGAGGAAGCUCCAGAGGCCGUGAGUAUGCUGCGAAAGGCUGGUGUCCGUUGCGCAGUUGUCACCGGGGACGCUCUGGCUACGGCUUGCCACGCUGCCCGCGAAGCAGGAUUGCUGACGAGAACAGAGCUCUGCGACCAGAUGCUCGAUGGCGUUGCCCCCAUGAUGGAACUUCAGGAUGGAAGGUGGAAGGAAAGCACACUUCUUGGCGCUCUGGAUCCUGAAGUGCAUAGAGGGACUUUCCCCAUAUCUGCAGCGAAGGAUCUCGUUAGAGGUGGGAGGAUUUUAGUAGCAACAGAACCAGAGUUGGAGAAAGCAGGGCAGGCAGCAUGGGCCGAAGCGGGCUAUGCCACGGUUCUAGCUAGAAUGUCGCCGCAUGGCAAGGCGAGGCUGGUGGAACUGCUCAAGCACAGUUCUGACAAGCGAGAACGUGUUGUGAUGGUUGGGGAUGGAGGCAACGAUGUCGGUGCUCUGGCAGCUGCUGAUGCUGGCAUGGCCAUCUGGCCAGCAAAAGCGGCUUUGGAUGUCGAUUUCUUUGAUGAUGCCGCAAUGCGUAUGCGGUCCCAAAGGUUACAGCAAGAGCGCCUUCAGGCCGUGCAGCGUGAGAUCAGCAGGCAGAUUGAAGUCCAGAGGUCAUGGUAUAUCCAAGAGGUUGAACGGAGACGUUUGGAAGGCCGGCCGUUAAGUUGGCAGCAGAUGAUGAAGCUACUGAAACAAGGACAGCGACGCGUCAGCGAGGCUGCCCAAAAAUUGAAAGAGGAGAAGCAGGAGGGAAUUCAAGCUGCUCAGGCAUCGGCGGUAGCACCAUUUACUUCACGGACAUUGCUGGGGGUUCCGGAGAUGUUGCGUCAGGGGCAAUGCACAUCCUGCUCCAUGGUAAUGCAAACGCAGCAGCUGGUGUUGAGCACCAUCAUUGGCAUGUGGCGCUACGCCGCUCUCUCCAUCGAGGGUGCUAGGCAAUCAGAGAUUCAAAUGAUCUUCUCAAACUUUGCGUUCUCCAUGGCCUUCUUCGGAUUCAUCAAUGCCAAGGCCCCGCGUCAGCCAGCAGGCGUCCGCCCGGCAACUACGAUUUUUGAUCCUCCUACAAUCCUGAGUACGCUGGGACAAGCGCUUGUGCAUGUCUGGGUCCUGUGCCGGGCAGUAUCCUGGGCAAAGGAUAUCAUGGGUCCAGCGGCCAUGGCUGAGCUCUUGGACUUUCAGAAGUGGGCGCAGGCACAACCCUUCGACUUUUGGGAUGCGCUAUCUCCAGGGGCUUUGUUCUCAAGACCGUUCAGGCCAAAUCUUCUUAACAGCGUCGUGUUCUACGUCGAAUUGGUUCAAGGCAUUGCUGUUUUGCUGGUCAACUACAAGGGCAGGCCAUGGAUACAG